CCUCCAAAGUUUCUCAGAGAAAAAAAAAAAUCCCAAACCUGCAAAAACUCUCAUAGCAUUUUCUUUUGGCCAGAGACGCUCUCAGACUCUCUCUCAUACACUUGCAAAUCUCACCUCUCUCUCUUACCGACUUCUACUUCUCUCUCUUCCUCUCUCUCAAAACCCACAAACACAGAGACAGCAAAGCUCACUGCUUUCUCUCUCAGCUCCAAAAAUGCUGAAUCUCCUGCAAACCCAUCUCAGAAUUUCCCCUUCUCCUGCAAUUUCUUAAAUCUGCAUUGCUAAUUUUGGGGGCGUGAUGGGUUUGCGAGUGGCACAAAAAUUGAAUCUUUAAGAGGGCAAUGUGAGGAGGACUUAGGAUUUUCAACAGUCCUAUGAUGGUGGCUGCCAUUUCCGAAGCAGCUUCAAACGACCGUCCAAACCCCAAAACCUCCACAGACCCACGCUCACGCACCCAUCUCCAAAACCCAUCAAGGCCUCCCCUUUUGCCCUCAGAGAAAGACAAUGGCUUUGUGCAAAGAAGACCCAGAGGCAGACAAGUCUCGUCUAAGUACAUGUCUCCUUCUCCUUCUUCUUCUUCAACCUCAACAUCCACUUCUACUGUCUCGUCCUCUGCGUCUUCUAGAAGAUGCCCGUCUCCAUUGCUCUCAAGGUCCAUAAACUCCUCUUCAAACUCGACCCCAGUGCCCUCUUUGGGUCCGAAACGGGCUCAAUCGGUGGACCGGAGGCGACCCAUUACGCCUCGGACCUCCACGGGUCUCCCUGAGGCUCGGCUAAGCAAUGCAGGCGCUGAAGUCUCGGCUGCCACUCGGCUUCUGGUCACUUCCACUCGGAGCUUAUCAGUUUCUUUUCAAGGUGAGGCCUUUUCGCUUCCGAUUAGUAAGACUAAAGCAGCUGCCUCGCCUAGUGGGGCUGUUGCGAGGAAGGCCACGCCUGAGAGACGCCGGUCGACCCCUGUAAGAGGAGAUCAGGCUGAGAAUUCUAAGCCUGCUGAUCAGUAUCGGUGGCCGGCCAGGACCAGAAAAUUGAGUUCGGGUUCUAAUAACUCGUUGUGGAGGAGCUUGGACUGUAGUUCGGAGACUGGGAAGCUCAAUGGGAUUGGAUCUGGGGUUGCGGCUAGAGCAUUGCAGCAAUCUAUGAUUGAUGAUAGCAGAAGAGCUUCCUUUGAUGGUAGAUUGAGCUUAGAUUUGGGCAAUGCUGAGCCUUUAAAGGCUGCUGAGCAAAACCCAGAUGCCAAUUCAGCCAAUGAAUCUUCCGUGCCUUCUGAUCUCACUGCUUCUGAUACAGACAGUGUUUCCUCUGGUAGCACUUCAGGUGUACAUGAUGCUGGUGGUGUUGCAAAGAGUCGAACUGCACCUCGUGGCAUUGUUGUGUCUGCAAGGUUUUGGCAGGAGACUAAUAGCCGGUUGAGGCGGUUGCAGGAUCCCGGUUCGCCUUUAUCAACAAGCCCUGUGUCUAGAGCAGGGUCGAAAUUCAUUCAAUCUCAAUCGAAAAAGUUUAAUGGUGAUAUCCCAUUAUCAUCAUCUCCUCGAACGAUGGCUUCCCCCACUAGGGGACCAACUCGGCCUGCUUCUCCGGGAAAGCUUUGGACUUCAUCAAUGUCACCAUCAAGGGGGUAUAGUCCUUCUCGGGUGAGAAGUAGUGUUAAUGGUUCCUUGAAUAGUAGUUAUUCUGGUCCUGCACCUUCAAUUCUCAGUUUUUCUGUUGAUACUCGGAGAGGGAAGAUGGGGGAAGAUAGGAUUGUUGAUGCACACAUGCUCAGGCUUCUGUAUAACCGUUAUCUGCAAUGGCGGUUUGUAAAUGCAAGAGCAGAUGCUACCUUCAUGGUGCAGAGACUGAAAUCAGAGAAAAAUCUAUGGAAUGCAUGGGUAUCAAUCUCAGAGCUACGGCAUUCCGUCACUCUUAAAAAGAUCAAGUUACUUUUGCUGAGGCAGAAAUUGAAGUUAACUUCUAUCCUCAAAGGACAAAUCACUUAUUUGGAAGAAUGGGCUAUUCUGGACCGAGAUCACUCUAGCUCUUUGCUAGGAGCAACUGAAGCAUUGCAGGCCAGUACUCUCCGUCUUCCGGUUGUUGGAAAAGCAAUUGUUGACUUUCAAAAGCUGAAAGAUGCUGUGGGUUCUGCAGCUGAUGUGAUGCAAGCAAUGGCGUCCUCAAUUUGCUCUCUUUCAUUGAAGGUGGAGGAAAUGAAUUCCUUGCUGUCUGAACUUAUGAGGGUUACCGCAACAGAACGGGUUGUGCUUGAACAAUGCAAAGAUUUUUUGUCUACAUUAUCAGCCAUGCAGGUCAAGGACUGUAGCUUGAGAACACAUAUAAUACAAUUACGACGUGUACCAACUACCCGCAGCCUGACAACACAUGUGUAGAACUGAUCUUAUUUGACUACUCACUCCUAAUGCUAACAUAUUACAUGGAGCCUACCGGGUGGAGGCAGCAGAGGUAAUAAGAAUGGAUCAAGUAGCUAGUUUUGGCUUCUGAUGUGGCAAUUUUUGGAACCUGGUUGUGGUCUUCUGUAUCAUGCAUCUCAAUGUAUCUUUUGUAUCUGAAGAAUACAGAAAAUGGCUUUUCCCCUCUCACUAAAAUUAGCUGUAUACAAGCACUCUUUUCUUUCCUUGGGGCAAAAAGGAAAUGUAUAUGUAUAUAUAUGUAAUUUCUCCUGAUCACACUGUUAAUCAAGUAGUUUGUGGUAAAUCUCUUAAUUCAAUCAUCUUGUCAUGCCUUUUCUUCU